UGCGAGCGUGUCUCCUCCUACGGAUUCUCCCCAGCACUUGGCUGCUCCGCGGCUCCCCUCGGUUUGGGGUUUUGCAGCUGGCAGCUGGCCUUUUCCCCUCCCCUGUCUCGGUCUCUCCUUGUUUUAGGUUGCUCCACCCCGCCCAGGAUCAGGCGAGGGGGAACCAGCUGGGCUGCGCCUGCCAACUCGCGCGGAGUGCGUCUGCGAACUCCGGGAGCGGAGUCCCGCGUGCCGCCUGCUCCCUGCGGGACGCGCUCCUCUUGCUCCCACGGGCCCCGCUUUCUCCCCGCCGCAACCCUUCCCCACUUUUCCCCCCUUUUGCAAUCACAUGGCAUUUUAAGAAUGCCGGAAAGAUGGCGGUAGCGGCGGCGGCGGUGGCGGCUGGGCCGGCUGGCGGAGGUGGCGGCCGGGCUCAGCGGAGCGGUCUUCUGGAAGUUUUGGUGCGGGAUCGCUGGCAUAAAGUUCUGGUGAACUUGAGCGAGGACGCCCUGGUUCUCAGCUGUGAGGAGGGCGCUGCGGCGUACAAUGGCAUCGGGACUGCCACCAAUGGCUCGUUCUGCAGGGGCGCUGGGGCCGGGCACCCGGGUACCGGAGGCGCGCAGCCCCCCGACUCGCCCGCGGGGGUCCGCACAGCCUUCACCGACCUGCCGGAGCAGGUGCCCGAGUCCAUCUCCAACCAGAAGCGCGGCGUGAAGGUGCUGAAGCAAGAGUUGGGCGGUCUGGGCAUCAGCAUCAAGGGGGGCAAGGAGAACAAAAUGCCUAUACUCAUCAGCAAGAUCUUCAAGGGUCUGGCGGCCGACCAGACCCAAGCCCUGUACGUGGGCGAUGCCAUCCUGUCAGUGAACGGCGCAGACCUGCGGGACGCCACCCACGAUGAGGCGGUGCAGGCGCUCAAACGAGCCGGCAAGGAAGUGCUGCUGGAAGUGAAGUACAUGCGAGAAGCCACGCCCUACGUGAAGAAAGGAUCUCCAGUGUCWGAGAUCGGCUGGGAAACACCCCCUCCUGAGUCCCCUCGGUUAGGGGGCGGCUCCUCAGACCCUCUGUCRUCGCAGUCCUUCUCCUUCCAUAGAGACCGGAAAAGCAUCCCCCUCAAAAUGUGCUACGUCACUCGGAGUAUGGCCUUGGCUGACCCCGAGAACAGGCAGCUUGAAAUCCACUCUCCAGAUGCUAAGCACACUGUGAUACUAAGGAGCAAGGAUUCAGCCACRGCUCAGGCCUGGUUUAGUGCCAUUCAUGCCAAUGUUAGUGACCUGGUGAGCCGAGUGAUUGCUGAGGUCAGAGAGCAGCUGGGGAAAACAGGCAUUGCUGGAAGCCGAGAGAUCAGGCACCUUGGCUGGCUUGCAGAAAAGGUGCCAGGGGAGAGUGAGAAACCGUGGAAACCAGCCCUGGUUGUUCUGACRGAGAAAGACCUUUUAAUCUAUGACAGCAUGCCUCGGAGGAAGGAAGCAUGGUUCAGCCCAGUUCACUCAUACCCUCUUCUUGCCACCAGGCUGGUACAUUCAGGUCCAGGGAAGGGAUCACCUCAGGCUGGCAUGGAUCUGUCCUUUGCAACCCGAACUGGUACCAAGCAAGGGAUUGAAACACACCUCUUCAGGGCAGAGAUCAGCAGGGACCUCUCCCAUUGGACCAGAAGCAUCGUACAGGGGUGCCACAACUCGGCAGAACUCAUUGCGGAAAUCACCACCCCCUGCACCUACAAAAACCAGGAGUGCCGCCUGACCAUCCAUUAUGAGAACGGAUUUKCUGUCUCCACUGAGCCACAGGAGGGUGCCUUUCCCAAGACAAUCAUACAGUCCCCUUAUGAAAAGCUCAAAAUGUCAUCUGACGAUGGAAUCAGGAUGCUGUAUUUAGAUUUUGGAGGCAAAGAAGGAGAGAUUCAACUGGAUCUUCAUUCCUGCCCCAAGCCGAUCGUCUUCAUCAUUCAUUCCUUUCUCUCGGCUAAGAUUACAAGACUGGGCUUGGUGGCCUAAACAGAGGGGCGACUUGCCUCAGAAAAGAGGUCUGCAGUGCCACUGGAGUGUGACAUCAGGCACCACCUGUAGUGAGCAGUGCACCCGAUGUAGCAUGCCACGGCCAGCUUCAGGUCUCAGGAGUCAUGUGCAGCUGUCCCAGGUCCUCUGUCAGUUUUAGCAACUACACAGGGUGCGCUAAGAAAACACCAUGAGGAAGAUCAGACUAGAACUUUUUAGAACAGAAUGAGGUUAAAAAGAUGAUAUGACAUAGCAUAGCUUCUAAAAUAUGACAACCAAGGACAUGGCCAUUAGAACAGCAUGUGCAGAUCUUAAUCAUACCAGUUUCUAGGCGACUGGUUCACCCAGGUAAGCAAGGGCUGAAUACAUGAGAAAUGGAUACUUUCACUUACUCCCUCCAUCCCAGCAACAAUGAUCCCUAGUUCUAUUGUGAUUUUAUUUUGUAAUUCUAGUUAACUUGACUUUCACUGGUAGAGAAAGAAAAACACUUCAAAUGGAAACCCACCUUUCAUUGAAGUAUGAAGCAGCUGUUGUUUCUUUUUUCUUAAUGAAUUCUCUUUCAGUGAUGUAGAAUGAUUCCAAAGUGUUGUCAUUGGCAUAGGCUGAGCAGGAAUUAAAUAAAGCAUCAGAUACUGAUCUGAGCUAUAAGCUAGCAGAAUCUGAGCCAAAGUAGACUGCUUAAAUUGCAAAGAUUUGCUGAAGACUUGUGUGUACAAAAGAUGAUUAAUUUGGGGACUACACUUACACCAAGGUCUGCUAUCUUAUAGCUAAAACUGACAGCUUUAUUUAUAGAAAGAAAAUUGU